UUUGGGGGUCCUGGGGUCACCCAGGGGUCAGGGGUCACUCAGGGGUCACUCAUGGGUCACCCAGGGUCAUUUUUAGUGGGUUUUGGGUCAUUUUUGGGGAUUUUGGGUCAUUUUGGGGACCCUGGGGUCACUCAGGGGUCAUUGGUCACUCAUUGGUCAUUCUGGGGUCACUCGAGGUCAUUUUGGGGUCAGGGGUCACUCAUUGGUCACUCAGGGCCAUUUUGGGGGGACCUGGGGUCACCCAGGGGUCACUCGCGGUCAUUUUGGGGCAAUGUGGGCUCAUUUUGAGGGGGAAUUUCCCGGCAAUUUUUUUGAGAAGAAUUUGGGAAUUUUGGGGUGAAUUUAAACAAAUUUGGGUCAUGAAGGACCCCAAAACUCCCAGCACGGGGCUGGAUUGGGAGGAAAAUUCAGGAUUUGGGGGGAAAAAAUGGGGGUUUGGGGGUGAAAUUUGGGGUUUUUGGGGCGAAUUUUGGGGAUUUUGGGGCGGUUUUGCGGCGCCACCAUCGAGUCCUGGAGGACUCGCGGCCAGAGCGGCUUCCGGUGUUACCAUAGAGACGGGAAAGGGGCGUGGCCAGAGCGGCUUCCGGUGUUACCAUGGCAACGCCGGAAGCCGGAAGCGCCGCCAGCCGGAAGUGCCGAUGGAGCCGCCGGAGGGUAACGGGGAAGCGCCGGUUCUGUGCCGGGGUUUCUGGGGCUCCCUGGAGCUCUCCCGCUUCCGCUCCGAUCCUCGGGGGCUCCAAAAUCCCCAAAAAUCCCAAAAAAUCCAAAAAAGUUCCCCAAAAACGUCUUCAAAAUAUCCCCAAAAAUUCCCCAAAAAAUCCCAAAAAAUUCCCCAAAAAAAAUCCCAAAAAAUUGAUCCAAAAAAUAAAAAAAUCCCACAAAAAUCCUGAAAAAUUCUCCAAAAAUUCCCCAAAAUUUAAAAAAAAAAUCCCAACAAUUCCCCAAAAAAUGCCAAAAAAAUUUCCCAAAAUUUCCCCAAAAAAAUCUCAAAAAUUCCCAAAAAAAUCCCAGAAAAUUUUCCAAAAAAUCCCAAAAAUUGCCCCAAAAAUUCUGAAUAGUUCUCAAAAAAUCCCAAAAAAAUCCCAAAAAUUCCCAAAAAAUUCCCCAAAAAAAUCCCAGAAAAAUCCCCAAAAUUCCCCCAAAAAAAUCUCAAAAAUUCCCCAAAAAAUCCCAGAAAAUUCCCCAAAAAAUACCCCAAAAUUUCCACAAAAUUCUCAAAAAAAUCCCCAAAAAUUCCCCAAAAAUCCCAGAAAAAUCCCCAAAAAAUUCUCAAAAAAUCCCCAAAAAUUUCCAAAAAAAAUCUCAAAAAUUCCAAAAAUAUUCCCAAAAAAACUCCAAAAAAUCCCCCAAAAAUCCCUAAAAACCACCAAAAAAUUCAUUAAAAAAUCAAAAAAAUUUCCUCUAAAAUCCCUAAAAAUUUCCACAAAAUUCUCAAAAAAUUCCCCAAAAAUUCCAAAAAAAUCUGCAAAAAAACCCAAAAAUUUCCCCAAAAUCCCCAGAAAUUUCUCAAAAAAAUAUCCCAAAAAAAUCACCAACAAAUCAAAAUAAAACCCAAAGAAAAUCCAAUUUUUUACCCAAAAAUUCCCCAUUUUCCCCCCAAUUCUUUCCCUAAAUUUCCACAACUUGUCCCCAAUUUUUUUCCCAAUUUUUCCUCAAUUUUUUCUCCUAAAAUCCCAAUUUUUCCCCAUUUCCAGCCCCGGUUCUGUGCCGGGGUUUCUGGGGCUCCCGGGAGCUCUCCCGCUUCCGCUCCGAUCCUCGGGGGCUCCAAAAUCCCCAAAAAAUCCAAAAAAAUUCCCCAAAACCCCCAAAAAGUCUCCAAAAAGUCUCCAAAAAAAUCCCAAAAAAUCUCAAAAAUUUCCCAAAAAAUCAAAAUAAAUUCUCAAAAAAUCCCCCCAAAUUUUCCAAAAAAUCCCAAAAAAUUUCUCCAAAAAAUCCCGAAAAUCCCCAGAAAAUUCUCAAAAAAAUAUCCCAAAAAAUACCAAAAAAUCACCAAAAAUUCCUCAAAAAAUCCCCAAAAAACCCCAAAAAAAUCACAAAAAAAUCCCAAUAAAACCCGAAAAAAAGUCCAAUUUUUUCCCAAAAUUUCCCAAUUUUUCCCAAAUUUUUUCACUAUUUUUUUCCCCUAAAACCCCAAUUUUUCCCGUUCCAGCCCCAGUUUUGUGCCCGCGGGUUCUGGGGCUCCCUGGAGCUCUCCCGCUUCCGCUCCGAUCCUCGGGGGCUCCAAAAUCCCCAAAAAUCCCCAAAAACUCCUCAAAAGCUCUGAAAAAAUUUCCCCAAAAAUCCCAGACAAAUCCCCAACAAAUGCCAAAAAAAAUCCCCAAAAAUUCCCUAAAAAUUCUCCAGAAAUCUCAAAAAAAUCCCAAAAAUUUCCCCAAAAUCCCCAGAAAAUUCUCCAAAAAUAUCCAAAAAAACACCAAAAAAUCACCAAAUGAUCCUUAAAAAAUCCCCAAAAAAACCCAAAAAAAUCACCAAAAAAAUCACCAAAAAUCGCAAAAAAAUCCAAUUUUUUUCCCAAAAAUUCCCCAAUUUUUUCCCAAUUUUCCCCCCAAUUUUUUCCCAAUUUUCCCCAAUUUUUUCCCUAAAUUUCCCAUUUUCCCCAUUUCCAGCCCCGGUUCUGUGCCGGGGUUUCUGGGGCUCCCGGGAGCUCUCCCGCUUCCGUUCCGAUCCUCGGGGGCUCCGAAAUCCCCAAAAAAUCCAAAAAAUAUCUGAAAAAAUUCCCCCAAAAACCCCCAAAAAAUCAUCCAAAAAUUCCCAAAAAAUCACAAAAAAAUCCCAAAAAAAUCACAAAAAAUUCCCCCAAAAAUCCCAAAAAAUUCUCCAAAAAUCCCAGAAAAAUCCCCAAAAAAUUCUCAACAAAUCCCCAAAAAUAUUCCCAAAAAAACUCAAAAAAUCCCCCAAAAAUCCCUAAAAACCACCAAAAAAUUCGUAAAAAAUCCCAGAAAUUUCCUUAAAAAUCCCAAAAAAUUUCCACAAAAUUCUCAAAAAAUUCCCCAAAAAUUCCAAAAAAAUCUGCAAAAAAAACCCAAAAAUUUCCCCAAAAUCCCCAGAAAUUUCUCAAAAAAUAUCCCAAAAAAAUCACCAACAAAUCAAAAUAAAACCCAAAGAAAAUCCAAUUUUUUACCCAAAAAUUCCCCAUUUUCCCCCCAAUUCUUUCCCUAAAUUUCCACAACUUGUCCCCAAUUUUUUUCCCAAUUUUUCCUCAAUUUUUUCUCCUAAAAUCCCAUUUUUCCCCAUUUCCAGCGCCGGUUCUGUGCCGGGGUUUCUGGGGCUCUCCCGCUUCCGCUCCGAUCCUCGGGGGCUCCAAAAUCCCCAAAAAAUCCAAAAAAAUUCCCCCAAAACCCCCAAAAAGUCUCCAAAAAAAUAAAAAAAAAAUCCCAAAAAAUCUCAAAAAUUUCCCAAAAAAUACCAAAAAAUCACCAAAAAUUCCUCAAAAAAUCCCCAAAAAAACCCCACCAAAAAAAUCACAAAAAAAAUCCCAAUAAAACCCAAAAAAAAUCCAUUUUUUUUUCCCAAAAAUUUCCCAAUUUUUCCCAACUUUUUUCACUUAUUUUUUCCCCUAAAACCCCAAUUUUCCCCAUUUCCAGCCCCGGUUCUGUGCCGGGGUUUCUGGGGCUCCCUGGAGCUCUCCCGCUUCCGCUCCGAUCCUCGGGGGCUCCAAAAUCCCCAAAAAUCCCAAAAAAUCCCCCAGAAAUUCCCCUCAAAUUCCCAAAAAUAUCCCAAAAAUCCCCAAAAACUCCUCAAAAGCUCUGAAAAAAUUUCCCCAAAAAUCCCAGACAAAUCCCCAACAAAUGCCAAAAAAAAUCCCCAAAAAUUCCCUAAAAAUUCUCCAGAAAUCUCAAAAAAAUCCCAAAAAUUUCCCCAAAAUCCCCAGAAAAUUCUCCAAAAAUAUCCCAAAAAACACCAAAAAAUCACCAAAUGAUCUUAAAAAAUCCCCAAAAAAAACCCCAAAAAAAUCACAAAAAAAAAUCACCAAAAAUCGCAAAAAAAUCCAAUUUUUUUCCCAAAAAUUCCCCAAUUUUUUCCCAAUUUUCCCCCAAUUUUUUCCCAAUUUUCCCCCAAUUUUUUCCCCAAAUUUCCCAAUUUUUCCCAUUCCAGCCCCGGUUCUGUGCCGGGGUUUCUGGGGCUCCCUGGAGCUCUCCCGCUUCCGCUCCGAUCCUCGGGGGCUCCAAAAUCCCCAGAAAUCCAAAAAAUAUCUGAAAAAAUUCCCCCAAAACCCCAAAAAAUCAUCCAAAAAUUCCCAAAAAAUCACAAAAAAAAUCCCAAAAAAAUCACAAAAAAUUCCCCCAAAAAUCCCAAAAAAUUCUCCAAAAAUCCCAGAAAAAAUCCCCAAAAAAUUCUCAACAAAUCCCCAAAAAUAUUCCCAAAAAAACUCAAAAAAAUCCCCCCAAAAAUCCCUAAAAACCACCAAAAAAUUCGUAAAAAAUCCCAGAAAUUUCCUUAAAAAUCCCAAAAAAUUUCCACAAAAUUCUCAAAAAAUUCCCCAAAAAUUCCAAAAAAAUCUGCAAAAAAACCCAAAAAUUUCCCCAAAAUCCCAGAAAUUUCCUCAAAAAAUAUCCCAAAAAAAUCACCAACAAAUCAAAAUAAAACCCAAAGAAAAUCCAAUUUUUUACCCAAAAUUCCCCAUUUUCCCCCCAAUUCUUUCCCUAAAUUUCCACAACUUGUCCCCAAUUUUUUUCCCAAUUUUUCCUCAAUUUUUUCUCCUAAAAUCCCAUUUUUCCCCAUUUCCAGCGCCGGUUCUGUGCCGGGGUUUCUGGGGCUCUCCCGCUUCCGCUCCGAUCCUCGGGGGCUCCAAAAUCCCCAAAAAAUCCAAAAAAAUUCCCCCAAAACCCCCAAAAAGUCUCCAAAAAAAUAAAAAAAAAAUCCCAAAAAAUCUCAAAAAUUUUCCCAAAAAAUACCAAAAAAUCACCAAAAAUUCCUCAAAAAAUCCCCAAAAAACCCCAAAAAAAAUCACAAAAAAAAUCCCAAUAAAACCCAAAAAAAAUCCAUUUUUUUUUCCCAAAAAUUCCCAAUUUUUCCCAACUUUUUUCACUUAUUUUUUCCCCUAAAACCCCAAUUUUCCCCAUUUCCAGCCCCGGUUCUGUGCCGGGGUUUCUGGGGCUCCCGGGAGCUCUCCCGCUUCCGCUCCGAUCCUCGGGGGCUCCAAAAUCCCCAAAAAUCCCCAAAAACUCCUCAAAAGCUCUGAAAAAAUUUCCCCAAAAAUCCCAGACAAAUCCCCAACAAAUGCCAAAAAAAUCCCCAAAAAUUCCCUAAAAAUUCUCCAGAAAUCUCAAAAAAAUCCCAAAAAUUCCCCAAAAUCCCCAGAAAAUUCUCCAAAAAUAUCCCAAAAAACACCAAAAAAUCACCAAAUGAUCCUUAAAAAAUCCCCAAAAAAACCCAAAAAAAUCACCAAAAAAAUCACCAAAAAUCGCAAAAAAAUCCAAUUUUUUUCCCAAAAAUUCCCCAAUUUUUUCCCAAUUUUUCCCCCAAUUUUUUCCCAAUUUUCCCCAAUUUUUUCCCUAAAUUUCCCAUUUUCCCCAUUUCCAGCCCCGGUUCUGUGCCGGGGUUUCUGGGGCUCCCGGGAGCUCUCCCGCUUCCGUUCCGAUCCUCGGGGGCUCCGAAAUCCCCCAAAAAAUCCAAAAAAAUAUCUGAAAAAAAUUCCCCCAAAACCCCCAAAAAAUCAUCCAAAAAUUCCCAAAAAAUCACAA